GAAGUUGGUUGCGAAGCUAAAGCAGCUGCAGAAUGUUUACUGGAACGAAGAGUAUCCACCAUCAAAUAGGAGUAUAUGAAAUUAGAUGCAUUUAAAGGAGGAGGCGGAGCGUGAGAGGGUUUCUGUUCAUCAUGGCGGACGCGGCGAUGGAGGAAGUUUCAGUUUUAUCAUCCAUUUACUGCAGGGAUGGAGAGCUGCAGGUGGUUCAGCAGUCUGCAGAGGAUGGGCUGGUGGUCCAGCUGAAUUGUGCUUCUGGAAGAGACGGGAAGCUGGAUGUGGGCGUGGUCUUCCAUCUAGACCCCGCCUACCCGUCCCGUCCUCCUCACAUCUCCGUCUCCUCCACCAGCCUGUCUAAGGCUCAGUGUUUCCACAUCAGGCAGAAGCUGAAGGCUCGCGCUGCAGAGCUCCCCCAGGAACCGAUGCUCCACCAGCUGCUGCAGUACCUGCAGCAGGACUGUCUGGACCCGGCUGAGAUGGGAGGAGAGGAGGAGGCAGCAGAGGAGAGAGAACAGCAGCGGUGGACAGCAGUUCUACUGCUGGAUCACAUCAGAUCCAGAAACCACUACAUCAGCCUGCUGGAGCACUGGAGCCAGCAGCUGCAGGUCGCUGGCAGGAUUUUACUGGGACACAGUAUCCUGAUAGUCCUACUGGGAGGACGAUCGGACAUCAAGGAGUUUUGCCGCCGGUUGAAGACUGUUAAGGUAGACGUAGACUCUUCAGGCAAGAAAUGCAAAGAGAGGAUGAUGAAGGUCUUGGCUGAAACGCCGUCUCCUCCUGGUCAGCACAGUUUUCAGGGCUUUGCAGUGAAGAGCUACACGUCUUCAUCAGAGCUGAGCGCCGUCUUUGAGGAGCUGGACAUGGCUGAGCUCUUCCUCCAGCUGCUUCCUUCCCUCAGUGGCUAACAGGCAUCUGCUGGGUGCGGCCGUUCCUGUAGGACCCACGCUGCUGGAAGGAGUUUGGCUUUUUAUUUUAGCCAUCACUAAGUUCAUAGUUUAUUUAAAGGUUUUCUUUUGCUUGUUUCAAGCAACUUGUCAUUAAAUCUGCAAAGUCUGAACCAUGAAAUAGUUGAAAGAAAAUUUAAUAUACAUUUUUUAAAACUGGAAUCUUUAUUGAACAGAAAAAAUAAAACAUAUGAAUUUUGAUAUGUGUUUGAAUCAUUAAUGAUACAUUAUGAGGUAUUUCACUUCAAUUUAAUAAAUACUUAAAACACA